AUGGCCGCCGUUCCGUCCCCCGUCCCCAAGCUGGACCGCUACAUUGUCAUUCAUGUCGCUACGACAUGCGACGAGCAUGGCGUCUACGUGACCAAGGACUCUGCCGAGGUCAUUGAGUUGGGAUGGAUUUUGCUCGACACCAAAAACUGCGAUGAGUUGCAUCGAGAAAGCAUUCUCGUCAAACCAGUCAACACGCCAAUUACUCCGCUGUGCACGAGUCUGACCACUCUGACGUGGGAGAACGUACGCAAUGCAGGAACGUUUCGGGAUGCCAUCAACCGGUUUGAUGCUUUCGCUCAGGAGCACCUCAUUUCAAAAAACCUCGAGUUUUCUUUCGUGACUCUCGAUUCAUGGGACCUUCGUGUACAAUUGCCCCGAGAAGCCCGUGACAAAGCCGUCGUCCUCCCGCCGUAUUUGCAACACUCACGUACCUUCGAUCUUCGCACUGAAUAUCAGAGAUGGCAGACACACCAUCCGGAGUCUUUGCCAUUUGGCCCUAGCUCCCUUGCUAAUAUCUGCGCUGCUCUAGAGGUUGAGCCUGUGCAAUCGUCGGCCCCGAUCAAGCACAACUUGCCUUUCCACCUGCAAGCUCUUGCUCCAGCCUCGCCUCGGCGGGCCAUGGAGGAGUCCAUCACUUUAGCUCGCGUUCUCAAAGGACUCAUUCGCAAAUCCCAGCCUGCUCAUGAGCAUCCUGAAAUUCUCACUCGUCCCAUGGAUGCCAGGGCCGAUGUCCGCGCCUUCCUGGCUGAGCGCAGCAAGGUGCUUCACAUGAGUGGCCUACCACAUGAUACCACGCAGUCAGAAUUGGAAAGCUGGUUCACUCAAUUUGGUGGUCGUCCCAUUGCCUUUUGGACGCUGCGUACUCCGGAUCAACACAAACCUACUGGAACCGGAUUUGCUGUAUUUUCGUCCCACGAAGAGGCAGCAGAGAGUCUUUGUAUGAAUGGCCGAGCUCUUAACGAAAAGGCCAUUGAGGUUUCUCCCUCUUCCAGCCGUGUUCUCGACCGAGCCGCUGAGAUCCUGACUCCAUUCCCACCAUCCAAAAAUAGACCUCGUCCUGGUGACUGGACUUGCCCGUCUUGCGGGUUCUCCAACUUUCAGCGCAGGACUGCUUGCUUCCGCUGCUCAUUCCCAGCCGUGGGAGCAACCCCUGACCCUUACGGCUACCCAUAUGCUCCACCAUCUAUGAUGCCUCCCAUGAACCCCCAUGGGGGUCACGGAAUGGGCCACUCGCGUGUUGGUAAUGGCGUUGUUCCAUUCCGCGCCGGUGACUGGAAGUGCGGCUCAGAGGGCUGCGGCUACCACAACUUUGCAAAGAAUACCAAUUGCCUUCGCUGCGGGGCCCCGCGCUCUGGUGCAGCGGUUGUAGCUGAUUCCGCUUUCCCCUCUCCUAUGGAUCCGCCCUCUGGUUUUGGAAUUGGACCAGGCUCUAUGUCAGGCACACCUGCUCCAGCACCAUUCCCGUCCACGGGUGGUGGCGGCUUCGGAGGCUUUGGACAGCAAUUCGCGGCUCCCCCGACCAACUACGGCUUGCCGUCUGGUUUGGGAAACACUCCUGGUCCUUAUCCACCAAUGGGCCAAAUCAAUACGGGUUAUGGCUCAGCCACUGCGGCUCACUCGGCGACUUCAUUCGGCAAUCCUGCGACACAGGCGGCUUUCACUGGAGCUGACCACAGCUCCCACUCGCAUGCCUCAAACGGCAAUCUCUAUACGACCGACGGUGCUAGUGACCCAUUUGCAUUCCUUUCGACGGGCUUGGGCGGGCUAACCGUCAAUGAUGACAACCAUGGCCGUCGAAACGGCGCUACUACCAGCAAGUCACCCGCAUAA